UGCAGCCUAAACCGCUCGCUCUGACAGCAUAAUUAUGAGUAAAAGGCGAAAAGUUGGACUUUGACAAGAAAUAGCUCGCUCGCGCGGCGCGCCACUCCCAAAAAUGAGCGAGGAGAACACAAGUAAGCGCGUGAGGAAUCCCCGUGCAUAUUGUGAUGGAUAUUAUCCGGAUGCGUGCAUCUUGAAAACAACUUGGGAAGAUCUCUGAGUUGAGUCGAGACAUCACUCCCGCUGUUGCACAACACGUCACAUCUUAUGAGGACACAGGGGGCGUCAGAUUUUGCUGACCUUAGCAUCUUUGGACCGUUGCAAUGGGAAGCUCUUUGAAAAUGACACCUUAAGGGAGUCCCCCUCGCUUUACCUGCUCUCAUCUCAGGCUUACAGUUAUCCGUUCAUCCUGAAGGCUGCGAUACGAGUGGAUAUAUUCGAGUCCAGCGCAGCAGUUGUGGCGCAGCGGGCGGGUGGAAGACCAGGAACAUUGCAGUACCUGUAAUGACUGACUGCUGAAAGAGACCACUGCACUCACUGACCCUGGGAACAAGGCGUUUUAUUAGUUCUGCUGGUGUCAUGCAAACAAGCCGACUGGCACAAUCAAUUUGCAGAUGAUUUCUCUGGAGCUUUUGGGAGGGUUUGUGUUUGCAGCGUUUCCUGGAUUCUAAUGCACAUGAGAGGUGUCAACGGGUGAGAAGAGGCCCCUAUUUUUCCUGUUUCUUUCCCACAAACGUUUUUUUAGAGGCAACAGAAUUGAAUCCUGACCACAAAUUACAGGUUGCAUUCAUUCACAGUAUGACUGUUGUCACAGGCGACCCAGUUGAUGAAGCUGCAGCUCUCCCGGGUCAGCCACAGGACACUUAUGACCCGGAACCAGACCAUGAGUGCUGUGAAAGGGUGGUCAUUAACAUCUCUGGCCUGCGCUUUGAGACACAGCUCAAAACUCUAUCUCAGUUCCCAGAGACAUUGCUUGGGGACCCCAAAAAGAGAAUGCGCUACUUUGACCCUCUGAGGAAUGAGUACUUUUUUGAUAGAAAUCGCCCAAGUUUUGAUGCCAUUCUCUACUACUACCAAUCAGGCGGCAGGUUGCGAAGGCCUGUCAAUGUGACUUUGGAUAUUUUUUCAGAGGAGAUACGCUUUUACGAGCUUGGGGAGGAAGCCAUUGAGAUGUUCAGGGAGGAUGAGGGAUUUAUUAAGGAGGAGGAGAAACUUCUGCCCGAAAAUGAGUUUCAGAGGCAGGUAUGGCUGCUCUUUGAGUACCCUGAAAGUUCAGGGCCUGCCAGGAUUAUCGCCAUCAUUUCAGUCAUGGUCAUUCUCAUAUCUAUAGUCAGUUUUUGCUUGGAGACACUUCCAGUUUUUCGCAACGAGGAAAUGGAGAUGCAAAAAGCAACCAACUCCAGCUCAACAAUUAGCUCCACCUCCACCUACUUCACUGAUCCUUUCUUCAUCCUGGAAACACUUUGCAUCAUAUGGUUCUCCUUUGAGUUCCUGGUGCGGUUCUUUGCAUGUCCCAGUAAAGCAGGCUUCUUUGUCAAUAUAAUGAACAUCAUUGACAUUGUAGCUAUAAUACCUUACUUCAUCACCUUGGGCACAGAGCUGGCAGAGAAGCCAGAAGAUGGUCAACAGGGGCAGCAAGCUAUGUCACUUGCCAUUUUGAGGGUCAUCAGAUUAGUACGAGUCUUCAGGAUCUUCAAACUUUCCCGACACUCGAAAGGGCUCCAGAUCCUCGGCCAAACGCUCAAGGCCAGUAUGAGGGAGCUGGGUCUGCUUAUCUUCUUUCUCUUCAUCGGGGUCAUCCUCUUCUCUAGUGCCGUCUUCUUUGCAGAAGCAGACGAAGCAGACUCGCAGUUUGUAAGCAUCCCUGAUGCCUUCUGGUGGGCAGUGGUCUCAAUGACAACAGUAGGCUAUGGUGAUAUGGUUCCAACUACCAUUGGAGGAAAAAUUGUAGGAUCCCUGUGCGCUAUCGCUGGUGUGCUGACCAUUGCAUUGCCGGUGCCUGUCAUAGUCUCAAAUUUCAACUACUUCUACCAUAGGGAGACAGAGGGUGAGGAGCAGGCCCAGUACCUUAAUGUGACCAGUGUCCCUAAGAUAGAUUCAUCAGAAGACCUAAAGAAGAGUCGUAGUGGGUCAACCAUGAGCAAGUCUGACUACAUGGAAAUUCAAGAGGCUGUUAACAACAGCAACGAGGACUUUCGAGAAGAGAACAUAAAGACCGGCAACUGCACCCUAACCAACACUAACUAUGUUAACAUCACCAAAAUGCUUACAGAUGUUUAACUGCUGUGAACCACCUUGACUAAAAAGGUGACAUGAAGAGCUUUAAGAAGGGGAUUCAACACCCUUGUUUCGAUGGCUUUACAUGCCAAAUGCGAGAGUUUCGAAAGAGAACUGAAAUAGUCUGUUUGAACAAAGGAUCAAUGAAGAAGACCUGUCUAUUGUCCCAUCUCCAUUCCUCUCGUACCUCUCCCAGUUCUGGAAAACUUGAUUUGGUGGGAGGCAAUGUUCUGCAUCCUUGUGUUCCAUGUCUGCAUGGGGUUUGUCUUACCUAUGUGACUGUUCCAGUAGUCGUUCUGCUUGCAACAGUAGCCAAAUCGUAGUCUAACCACUAGAAACCUGUACAAGCGUAGCAUAGAGGGACCAAUUCAUGAUGCCCGUGCCCACCCAUUCACUGCCAACCUGAGGACCCUUUUGAGUCCCUUCUGAGACAAGAGGCUAUUUGUACCUGGGAAGACCAAUAAUUGUGUCACUUCAAAUUGAUUUGUGGCGUAAAUAACAUGGAGGAGAUAACAUAUUUGUGAAGAAUCACCAUCAAUGGAUGUAUUUCUCUUUACACAAAUGCUGCCUGUCCUGCCAGCCACAAUGGCGUACUGUGUGCGGUACCUAAAUAAUGUUACAUUCCAUCUUGUGAUGGAGAAAUACAUGCCUGACCAAUCUGCGAGGAUUGGAAGGCCAGUUCCAGACCCCCCUUUCUAUCUGUAUGACUUUUUUUUUCCUCUUUCGCUGCCAGCAUACUAGGUUCUCAGCGUGUACCAUGUAAUAGUAAUUUGACCAAAACAAUUAGUGGAUAAGUCGCCCUCUAUUUUAUUCUGAUGUCUUCAUUCCACUAUACUGCAUGACCAGCUGUCCUCCACUGCAUCAUUUCCUCCAGUCACUUCCUGUUUCCAGCAUUGUAAACUUCAUAGCAUUCCAUGUAAUUGAGAAAUGUCUUUUGUAAACAAAGAUUGACCCCUACAUUAAGCACUAAUGGGGCAGAUGCAGGAUUGUAGAUAGUGUACUGUGACAUUGCAGCCAACGACAGCAAAACAAUAGCUCGCUAAUCAGGUCACCAAAGAUGAACUUCACUGCCGCUAUUUAUUGCAUUUUUAUGUUGUUUUGGCAUUUUAGUGCCAUUUCAUGAUGCAUCCUGCUCAUAAUAUGAUGCUGGAGAGUAUGGGUAAGACUUGUAUGAAAACGAUGCUUCCUCGAAUAGCUUUUUGUAAGAGAUAGGAAAUAUUCAACUACUUUUGUGGUGCAUGUCUGGUUCACAUCCCUAGUAGCAUGCAUGUAGUAAGAAUGAUACUUACACACAAAACUAGUAAUAGAUAUUCAUAUCUUUAUCAUAUAAAUAUUUUUCUCUGUGAGACUACCAAUAUGUGCAAUAUUAUAAAUGCUUUUUUUUUAAGGUUGCAAGAUUUUGCAUAUAGUUUUCUAUGUUAGUAGGCUAAUACAUUAGGUGGAUUGUAUUAGCCCACUUUCAGGGUCUAAUACUAUCAAGGUUGUUCAUGUCUUCAUUUGGUUAAUAAUCUAGGGUGGGAGAGUGAAAUGCAUCAAUUAAAACGAGCUGCUCAAAGCACCACUUUUGGAUAUGGAGAAGAUCAAGCUUUAAAUAAUAAUCCCAGUUUUAAUUCUGAUCUAGGGUUUGCUUUCUUUUUCCCAUUAUAAUGUUUAAAUGUUGGGACGUUAUGGAUGUUAUUCUUGAGUAUUCUCAAGUCGUUUGUGCUUGAUUUUAAAAACCAAAUGCAAUCAAAAUUGGAGAUUUCUGGCUUGUAUUCCAUGUCUGUUAGCUAGGAGGCCAACUACAGUAUAUAUUAGUGUAAUCCAAAAAAUGACAAAUAUAACCUUUUAGCAGAUAUAUGCAUUUAAAAUGUCUUUGAAAUUCUUCAGUGAAAUUAUUGACCAAAAUUAUAAAUAUAAUGUCACCUCCACCUAAUAUCCACCUGCCACCGACUAGCGAUAGCAAGUAGCAAAUCAUGGUUAGUCAGUGUAUGUUAAAUUAAAUGCUAUUUGGCUAUUUACUAAAAAUGACAAGCCCUUCAGAAUGUGAAUUUUAGAGCUGUGCUCAGUGCUUUGUAGUGCUUUGUGAUAAAGGCUGUGUAAUCACUGCUUUACAAAUAUUGGUAACACUUUACGAUAAGGUUAAAUUUGUUUGCAUUAGUUAACAUUAGUCAACAUGAUCAAACAGUGAACAGUACUUUUACAGCAUUUACUAAUCUUGGUUAAUGUUAAUUUCAACAUAUACUAAUAAAUUGUUUAUAAGUAAACAUUGUAUAUGUUAACAUAAGUUAAUGAAUGAUGAACUAACAAGACCUAACAAAGAAA